AGCACUCACCAAGUUUCGUUGACGGAGUUUUGGAACUCUGCCUUAGCAACCCACUCUUUUACUUCAUAGUCAACCACAGAAAAGGUUUUAGAUGAAUAACUAUACGUAACAUACGCUGUUUGUAAUUCAUUUUCUUUUAAAUUCGAAUAGACUAUUUGUAAACAGAGCAGAAAAUUAAACAGCUGCAUGAGGGCCGCCAUAUUGUAAUUAUCACAUGAUUUGUGACAUCACGUGAGACGGGAGUAUACAUUGUUGUUUAAUUUAACACAUUCUCCUCAUUUAAUAGGAAUACAUUUGCAUAUUCGUCACGUUACAAUUAUAUUUUCAUAAUGAUAGAUAAUUGGGCAGUAUUUUCUAUUCAUAAUAUUAAUGAAUUUCUUUUUGUUUCACUUAAUUUAUAACCCCUCCUAUAAACUUAUAAAAUUGAUUUUCGGAAUCGAAAUGAAAUUCGUCUGCCUACUUGAAUCAAAUAAAUCUAAAAAGUAAAAGUGACUGUAUGACCUUGUUUGUAAUAAAGUGUUCCAAAUCGAAUUCAUAAGUGCUUACAAGCCGUUGCCCUAAUGAUAUCAGUGACCUAAAUAGAUCACAACCACAUUUAUUGCUAUGAAACGGGCCAGUAAUGACUACAGUGCAAAGUGAAUUUUAGAAGCUUAAAUGUAAGUCAUUUAUCAGCAACAGAUUUUACCUACAAGGUGUGGGUAGGUGUACUAAUGGAAUUAAACCAAAUGUUAAAAUCUUGAUGUCAUUGAUAGCCUAAAGAUCUUCAAACAGUAGAAUGAAGAUAAUAAACGAGAAAGGACUGGCAUUAUAUGCUGGCUCUGGAGCACCAGCAGAUAAAGAAGGCCACCUCUUGAAAAAAGGAGAGGUGAACAAGGGCUUCCAGAAGAGAUGGUUUGUGUUAAAGGGAAAUUUUUUGUUUUAUUACGAGAAAAAAGGAGAUCGUGAACCCAUUGGAAUGAUAGUUUUAGAAGGAUGUACAAUUGAACUAGCAGAAAACACUGAUAAUUUUACAUUUCAAAUUGUCUUUCCUCACUCAGGAUGCCGAACAUACGUUAUAAGUGCUGAAAGCCAAGAAAUAAUGGAAUCUUGGAUGAAAGCAUUAAGUUGUGCCGGGUAUGAUUAUGUUAAAUUGAUGGUAUCUGAACUACAGUUUAAGUUAAGUGAGCUUAGCUCCGAGACAGCUAAGUCAGUGAUUCAGGAAGCAGAUCGUAAUAGUAAUAUGCUCUCAAAUGUGUAUGAAAAUUCACCAGGGGCUGUUGGUGGAAGCUUCAAAGCACCCAAAUCUCAUGCUGCAGUAAAGCGUAAAAAUCCCUUUAAUUCCAUGAAAAAUAUGACCUUAGACUGGGACAGUGUUAAUUACUUUAAUGCUGCAACAGGUCAAGAGGCUGCGUUUACUUCCAGUAAAACUUUAGCAAGAAAUCCAAGAACAUUUCAGCAGAUGCAUGAAGAAAUCAGCAAACAGUUUAAAAUGUUUUCUGAAGAUUGGCAGAACAAAACAGAUGUCAACAGUAAUUUGAAUGCCAUUAGAAAGACUUAAUGAUCUGUGUGACCUUAUUCUUAACUAUUUAUGUAGGCCCCGUUUUUAAUACCACUACUCAUAGAUAUGAUCUCUGCACUAUAUCAGUUGUGUUAUCCCUAGUCUAAAAACUAAGCAUUAUCCGAGUUAUCUUAAAACAAAAGAUAGUUAAAACCGGAAGUUAGUCCUAUCUAUCAGUUAAUAUAAUAUAGUAAUGAAAAAGUGAAGUUUUAUUUGCUUUAUUCAUAUAUUCAAUUUUAAAAUCUGAAACAAGCUCAGUCAGUUAAAUAUUCACCAUAUAUAUAUAUGAAAAUUAAAAUAUUGAGGAAAGAAACACAGUAUUAUGCGGCCAGUGCUUUCAGUUCCAUCGGAACAUCUUCAGGCCUUUAAUAUAUAUAUAUAUAUAUAACAAAAAAUCUUGACUAGUGUAUUCAUACAUUUAUUCCAAUAACAAAACUCACCAAAUGGUAUAUGAAAAUGGAUACUUUUGUCAUAGGAAAAUAUAAAGUGUCCUUUUUGUAGUAACAUAGAAUAACAAUACUGUAUGCAAUGUAAUGUUACCACUUGAACCUAAUCAGAAUUAAGUGUUCUAUUUCAGUACACAUAGAACACAUUCAAGGGUUCAACAUUUAAUCUGGUAACCUUCCUGUUUUAAGUUAAUUUAUUACAUAGUUUAGAUUUAAAUUUUUGUUAUCAAUAGUUUUAUACCUUAUUAAUUGUUUUAGCAAUUUGAAUUUUUGUCAUCACGCCAUAACAAUUUCAUUAUAAUAAAAAAAAGUUUUAUUAUUUUUUAUAUUCCACAUUGAUAUGUAGUUGUAUAUUGUCGUCACCUGUGUCAGUUCUGUAUAAUAACUGUUAGUAUCAGGAAGAACUAGAAGCCAAUCAAAUUUUAAUUAUAUCUGAUAAUUACUUAAUGGAUUGUUAUUCUUGAUCAGUUUGUAUUGUCUUGUAAAUGCUCCCAUUAUUACCUACGAAAAAAAGAAGUAUCAACCCUUGCGGACUGCUUGGAUGUUUGCUGUGGGUGUAUGUUUUGUUACCCAGCAACCUAUCUUAGUAUAUAUUUUGUUAUAAGCAUUAAUCAUAAAAAUUAUUCAAUUGCAUGUACAUUAAUCUUGUAUUGUUUUAUUUCUAAUAAUACAAAAAUUUUUUUAUAAAUAAUAACAGGGUGUCUAGUGACCCUACUUUUCUUAGUUACAACUAUCGAUCAGGAGAAGAAUUUUAAAAGAGAUCUUACCUUUGUUUGUCUUUUUUUUUAUUUCAUUUUUAUGCCAUUUUAUAUUCACAUUGGCUAUGUUGGACUUCAGAGAGAAGAGAUAUCUGGCAAAGAAGUAGUUAUGGGUAGAUCUUAUGUAUAGGAGACAAAUACUAACAAGUCAAACACAAAAUAAAAAUCUAAUUUUAAUUAGAUUGGCCAUGUGUCUUUAUUAUUACAGUAUAAAUAUAUUUUUUAUUUUUAGUUAAGACUUCCUUGCAAUAUUUUAAUUAUAGGUUUAUUUUAAUGGUAAUGAUUUGUUAUCUUUAAUUUUUAAGAUUAAUUUUUUGUGCUUGUGUUUUUAGCCCAUUGACCCACCAUUUGGUGUAAAUAAGUAGUUAUAGAUUUCGAAGGGUUUUGGCAGCCAAGGUGUUGUUUAUUCAGAUUUGUUCAAAUAAAGUUGCUGGCCCCCAUAGGGGCUGGUCAUGCAUUCCGUAAAGUGCAAAAUUAGAAAAUCUUCAAUAGACUUUUAAUUAACAAUGGCUGGAUGUAUUUCUUUAAAAUUUGUUAGGAACUUGUUGAAACGUAGUGUGAAAUAAACCCAGUGAUUGCUUUCCAUAUAAAUUUGUGUUUUAUAUCAUAUGUUCAGUUACUAAAUGCCGUAUAAGGAUUUAAUCAUCUUUAGGUGAUAAAAAUAAAUGUUUGUUAAAAUUUAAGACCUAGAACCCUUAGGGGCAGAGCAGGACAGGUUCAAAUUUAAACAAUUUGACUUCUUCUCUGAAAGCACCCGUCAGCUUAUGAUUUAAAAAAAUUACAAAUGUUACUCAAGGUUGCACUUAUUAUGGUUUGUUCUAAUGGAGGUAGGGACCAGGGCAUGUAUUUUUUGACUUCUCCUUAACUGUUUAAUGGAUUUCUGCAAAAUUUGAUUUGGUACUGGUAAUUUGUUUGGGCAAUACUUGUCCAGAUUUAUUAAAUAAACUUACUUAGCUCCCAAGAGAAAUACUCAAUGUGCAGUUUAAACUAAUCCCAGUUUGUCUUCUGUCCUUUGAUUUUAAAUGUGUUCUAAAGUACACCUUAUAUUUAUAGCACACCAAAUCAGUAUUUUCUUUAAAAUUGCAUGUAUAUUUAAUCCUUUUAUUACAUUAUAAUAUUUUGCCAAGUUAUGAUUAUUAUCAUUUUCUGCUUUAAUGCUUUAAACAGGAAUAAAUGUUUAGUUAGAAUGUCAAUUUUUGUUAAUGAACUUUUAAUAAUCUAUCAAUGAUCAGAUUAUUCAUUUUUUUUUAAUUUUAAUGUUUAUUUAUAAACCAGUUCAAAAAUAUUUAAAACCACAGAGCAAAUAAAAAUAGUAAUAUCCGAAAAGGUAUCAGUAGUUAGAGUUUUGCUAGUUACAGCAUAUAGAAUAUUUGUGUUAUUUGUCUUCUCCCUAUCCGAUUUGAUUUGUUAUGUUGAAUUCUUCCCUCAGUAACUUACAUUUAUCAGUAUUGAAUAAAGAUAAACAUGACUACUUUUUGUAAACAUUAUUUUAUCACUUACCGUAUAUAAACUCCUUAUUAUAAGUAAUGAAUUUUAUUUAAAAAUUUCUCAUCUCUGAUAAAAUCAUUUUGUUGUCAUUGUUUUAGUAGUGGUACCACUUGUCCCACCGUUUUAUCAAAAUUCCUGCACACUUAAGGACAUGCAUACAGUUUAUGCUUACUGUGAACAAAGUUGAGGUAAAAUUCUUUCAAUUUUUUUUUUUUUUACGUUUCCUUUAUUUUAUUUUAAAAUAUAUUUAAUCAGUGAUAUUUUUUUGCAUGCAUAAUCCCUGGCUCAUAAUAUUAGUGCAAUAAUAUUUCCAAAAGCUUAGUUUUUAAUUUAAAUGGCUCAAAUUUCAUUAAUUUUGAAAGAAUAUAAUUUGUGAAUGGCAAAGAGAAAGGCAAUUUUUACUUGUGCCAACUUAAGCCUUUAUUGUCUUCCAAGUAGUGGAACUGUUUUGACAAGAAAACAGCAACAAAUGUCAGUGGGUUAAUAGCCACUGAAGAUAUGUUGUAAAAGUUGCUCUGUUGAUUAUUGUACGUAAUAAAUUAUGAUUCAUUAUAUUUAUGUUAUAUGUUGCCUUUUAAUUAUCUUAAAUAAUAUUUAAUUACUAUUCCCUUAUUUCACCAAAGUCUCAUAACAUAUGUACUAAAUUAUACAUAUCUUUCCUCUUAUAAAUCAGAAUAAAAUAUAUAUUUUACCUUUUAUUAUAGAGUCUAGUUAUUAUAUUAUAAAUAAUCUUUUGAUUCAUGUCAAACAUUUCAUCAAUUGUGACUGAGUAAAAGUGAAACAUCAAGGUAUGCUUAUUUUCAUGAUACUAGUCAAUUUCUUACAAAUUUCUAGAAUACCAAUGGCAGAGCCAAUAUAUUUUAAACUAAUCCAUCUGUAAUUAGUUAUAUUUGAAUUUCACAAAUAAAGGAGAAGUGGUAUCAGUGGUUCUGGUAAGAGUAAGCUUACCUAUUGUUGUGCACAAUGCAUUAAAUUGGUGCAAUAGUUUUA